GAGUAUUUAGCAAAGUAUGACUUAGAGGCUGCUGAACUUCCUUGUUAGCCCUGAAUUCCAGGCAGGUGCACCUGUCUGUCAGCAAAGAGCUGGGUGAGGCUUUAAGGCAGCUGCCAAGAUAGCCAGAUCCUGAAGGACUUUAGAGAGGAAUCUGUUUUAUUUGUGUAUACAGAGAGAAAAUGGCAUAUCGAGACUUAGUGAGAGGCUGGCAUGAAGGAAUUCUGGCUAUGGAUAAGGGGGACUGGGAUUCUGCCUUGAAAAUCUUCUCCAGUAUCGAAGAGCCAUCCUCCAGGAUCUAUUUCAACAUAGGCUGUGUGCAUCUCUCAACAGGGAACCCCGAGGGAGCCUUGCAGGCCUUUGAUAAAACAGUUACCAAGGACAACCAUCUAGCUGUUGGCUUCUUUCAAAGAGGGUUUGUCUGUCUGCAGUUAGAAAUGUAUGAAGAAGCUCUAUAUGACUUCAGCAUGGCCCUCACUCACCUAAGAAAUAACCCUUUCAUUGACUACAAACAACUGGGACUAAGGCAUAUGCUCUGUGCCUGGGAGGUGCUGUACAAUACUGCAGCAGUGCAGUGCCGGCUUGGGCUGUGGCAGGAAGCUAGAAUAACCCUGGAGGAGGCUAUCAGACAGAGGCCUGAAGGAAGAACCACAAGCCUGGAUGUUGCCCUUGAGUGGGUGCAGAAUCAUCUCUUCCUGGAGCCCAUACAUGUUCCCCUGGGGGAAUUUUUCAGACCACGAAAGGAGGAAGUUGAGCAGCUGGAUUCAAAAGAUUUCCUGGGUAAACCCAAGGUGAUCUCCUCCGUCAUUCCCAAUGACGAGUACAUCGGAUUUGAGCCUCUCAGGCCACAGAGACAAGGCUUUUACGAACCGAGUGUCAAUGCUGUGCGAGACUGCGGCUCAGGUUACUAUCAAGUUGUGACUCAUUAUUACCCUGAGGACUCUGAAGAGAUGGCAGUGAAGGGCAGCACUAUCAUCUUUGUACUAACUAAAGGGGCAGACGGCUGGGCUACUGCCAUAUGUGAUGGACAGAAACUGCGUAUACCGACCUCUCACCUGGAGCCAGUUUAUGCCCCCAAGGCUGAUAAGUGGAAAGUCAGUAAUGGGAUCCCUCUUCCCCCCAUUAAAGUGCCCCCCAACCGGCCUCACUUGCAAGAAAUGGACCACCAGCAGCCAGGACCUGCUGAAGGAGAAGACACUGCUGCAAAUGAUGCUGAUCCGCAAGCAGACUUGCAGCAGGUCCCACUGGCUCAGGACAAAGCAUCCUCCAGCGAGAACAGAUCCAUCCUGCUGAAAGUCCACUGUGACUAUACAGUUAAAGUGAACAAGGCCCUGACCCUGUCAGACCUCAGGUCUCUGCUGAGGGAGACGUUCAGCCAGCAGGCAGAGCUUGGGAAGCUGAGCUGCAGGCUUUCAGACAGCAAACAGUUCAUUGUGAUUUCGGGAGAAGAGGAGAUGGGGAAGAUGUGGCAGGAGGUGACAGAUGGGAGGCUGACACUCUGGUGCCAGGGCACAGAUGCCUGUUCAGACAGACCUGUUCUCUACAGGAUGGUAGCACACCACGGUUACACGGCGCAAAGGCCAGAGGAUCUGGAAUUCAAUGAAGGAGACACGCUGGACAUUCUCUCCGAAGUGAAUGAGGAAUGGCUUGAAGGCCAUUGCAAUGGCAACUUUGGCAUUUUCCCCAAGUGCUUUGCUGCCCAGGCCAGCAUUGGGGCUGCCUGCCCUUAGAGAAGAGAUGCUUCUUCCUGCCAGACUCCACAAGAAGCCAGCUGGGCUGGGAACCCCACCUCACCUUACUCAUGUCUCCCAGAGAACAGGAGAAGCUUGCGCCAAUUCAUUCAGGUCUGACCAUUGCCAGCCCUGCUAGGUAUUUAAUGAAGCUGCCUACACAAGACGCUUCCCAGUGUGGGACCCCAUUAUCCAGAAACCCUGCAGGAUUCGUUUCUGUAGCAGAAAUAGCAUUUUCUAUGGCAUGUGUCUGGCCUCAGUAUUUCCCAAUAAUCAAAGUGAAAUGACAGGUCUGGCUGGAGAGUGGGUGUGAGGUGGGAUCUGGGUGCAAGACAGGGGUGGUGUCUCAUGAAGGUCACUCUGAGAGGUGCUGACACAGCAAACGGAGUUUUCCCAUCUCAGACCUAGCCACCAGCUCUUUCUGUAGCAAGAACUUGGGAUUCAAAGAUGCAGAUUAAGUGGUAAGAAGAACCGGCUCCUCCAGAAGAGGGGGCCUGGCUAAGGCCUUAAUCCCCACUUCCCACCAGCUGCAAUAGAAGUGGGGGAAGCUGGACCUUGUCGUCACUGGAUAUGCCCACGCUGCCGUUACAUACCCACAGCUGGCCCGUGCCAGCUGACUCGGGCCCAGGGGCUGUUUGAGUGUGGUGUAGACAUUUGGGCUUGGGACAAGUAAAUAGCUCCUUAGCCCGAGCCCCACGAGCAUGAGUCAGCUGGCACAGGCCUGCUGCAGGGGUCUAAUGGCAGUGCCGACAGACCCAUUGAGGCCAGACUGUGGGAGGCAAGAUGCCACUCAGAGGACAGGGAGGCAGUCUUGAUUCCCUGGGCCCAACGCAGUGUAAAAACAGCGCUGUUCUGGUUGGGGAGCAUUUCACACCCACUUUGCAUGGCUGUAAAUGAAUGCACAUGAAUCAGGCAUAGGGUGGGUGGCCCCUCCAAGCCCCAUGGAUCGACCAGAGGCAAAGGGCCCUGUGCCCAGACAUCUUGGGUUGUGGGGAUUGUCCCUGGUCAGGUGAACACUGGUGUUGUCCCAAUCGGUUCCAUGAAGUUGGGCCACAGCAGGGAGCUAGACCUUGAGGGACUGAGCACUGGGUUGGAGGGAAGGAAUGCAGGGUGGGGGAGAUGGACAAGUGACAGGAGCUGAGGCACUGUGGGGAGGGCAGCCAGAGAAACAGGCCUAGCAAAGCCCAGAGGGAUCAGGGAGAGCCAGAAGAAGGAAGUAGUCAGUGGAGCUGAAAGGAGCCAUGGGGAAGCUAAGAACACAGAGAGAGCAGGGCUCAUGGGAGUAGAUAAAAAUAACCUGAUGGGGGGGAAGGGAGGUGACCUAGGGUCUCUACUUUGCAAAAAGGGUCCCAGAAACUGCAGGGUGGUUCCUGGGCACCAGCCCCUGGGGCUCGCUCAGCCCAUCAGCUAUGCGGUGCAUGAGCCUCUGGGAGCUCACUCAGCCCCCACUGGCCUCGGGGAGCUCCCUUGGCCCUCCUUUCUGCCUAGCCUCUCACUUGGCCCAAGCCUCUGGGGAGUUGCUCAGCCCAUCAAUCCUUCAUAGCCCUCACCUGGCUCAGGGCCCUGUGAGAUCACACACCAUCUCUGUUGUGCUAGGCCUCCCAGCUGGCACAGGUUGUGCAACCCAUGUACACCAUGGAGCCUUUGCCAGCAUGGGUCUGCGCAGUGGCUCCGUCCCCUGACCCUGCAGCUCACUGACACCGGCCUGUGCACGGCGCCGGCUCUUUGAUGACACAGCCUCUCAGCGCUGCAGGGUGCUUACCUGGAACAGGCUGAGCAGGACACUCCUGCCCUCCACCCUGCAGGGCAGGGCCAGCCCCAGGGCUUUUUCCGUCCCAAGCUGCGGGGAAAAAAAAAAAAAAAAA